AUGAAUCUGUUUCGCGUACCAUACUUCAAGGUUCAGCAGGUGGAAAGAACAGCAAAGCUACCUGAGGAUUUAGCAGCAGUCCUACAGCUGCAGACACCCAUCGGCCAAUGGAAGCUUUGCAAGCGUCUUUACCGUGCUCUCGGACACACGCCCGCUAGCAUACCAUCUCCUCCCGAAGGGGUCAAGGACGGGCGCUGGGCGACAGCGUUGGCAGUGACCUUCUUGCGGCGCAGGCCAGACUUGAUCGACCUCACGUAUGAGGCUUAUAGCCGAGCGAUCGCUUGGGUCGACGAGCCGCUCCUCGCGCAGGCACACAGCCGUCUUCCGCCAGCCGACCUCUACUACCCCGUGGACGAAGCGGCGUCACGGCAAGGCCGAUGGCAGCAGCAGGCCGAGGAGGCUCUAGAGGAGUGCGGAUACGCCUACUUUUUGCCUUCGCCCUCUACUGCUGCUGCAGACCACAGAUGCGGCGGCGGCGAAGAAGGUGAUGAUGGUGCUGCUGCACCCCGCCGCCACGUCCCGACGACCUCGAACUUGUCACCGGCGCGUGCGAAAUCCGAUAGCACCACCACCAGCAGCAGCAGCAGCCACGUCUCUGGAGAGAUGGAACGCCAGGGGGUGAAGGUAUUCCCCUCAGCGACCGCUACCGCUCCCUGCGUAAGGAGACGAGGCCGACGGCGGGGAGUGUCGGCGAAGUCACGCCUCAAGGCCAUGGCGGCCGCGAGGCAUCAAGAAACGCUUGAGCAGCAGUCGCAAGGCCUACACCUAGAGAUGAAGCGCGCCAUGAAGGUGGCCACCACGACCUUCAGAGAAGGCGACAGGGUGGAGAGCCGCUGGCGCCGUCCCACCCGGCUCGACAAAGCAAAGAUCGAUCCAGGCGCCUGGCACCCCGGCCGUGUGGUCCAGAGCCACAAGGGCGGCGACAGGGUGGACGUGGUGUUCGAGGACGGAGACGGCGAGCGCCUGAGCGGUAUAUCUACCAAGCAUGUCCGACUAGCUCCGCCCCCUUCUUCCUCAGAACGCCCUCCCCUCGUGAGCUCCGGUAGGGACGAUGAUUACGUGACGGCUGCCGGGGUGACGGGAAGAAGAAAUAGCUGCGACCGACGGCCGUCGUGCGCCCCGACGCCCGCGCCGACCGAGCUGGUGUGCUCGGCGAUCCGUCGCGAGCUCGCGCACAUCGCGUGUGCGACCAAGUCCUUGCGUUGCACCUGGGAAGUCCCCGUGCCUAUCAGCCAGGAGAUGGCGAGGCUCAGGAUGCUGGAGGAGCGCAAGAUGCGCAGUCGGCCGGAAUGGCGCGGAUCGUUUCCCCUAGUCGACUUCAGCGCGACGAAAAGGCUGCCAUUCGGGGCCGGCGGGAUGGCCAGGACGGUCGUGCGGAAAGUAAAAAAUACUGCCGCAUCGGCGGUUUCCGCGGUGUUAGCCACUCGCGAUCAUCAGCUGCAGGCGCAGAGUACCGUUCGCGACGAUAGCAGGACGAGGUUGCGAACGGUACAGUCGUCACCCUCGUCCUCACUCAAGAUGCCGAUGACGGUCCCACAAGUACAGCGAGAUGAGAACGAUGACCGUGACCUGGGGCAAGGAGAUAGGUGCACUUCCACUGACGACAACACGGUCAAGGAGACCAACGCGAGGAGCGCCGGCAAAAGGCGUUCUUCAUCGUCCUCGCCAUCUCCCGCGGCGGUGGCGGCGGCGGGCGUGGCAGCGGCGGCAGGGGCGGAGGCGGCCGGGGCGACGGCUCUCUUAGCGGCACAGGCGAAGCUCGUCUCCGCUGCCGUGGCGUACGACAGGUGCGUGGCUGGCGUCCGCGACUGCCUCGACAGGGGCUGCGCCGCGUUCCGUCUGGCUCGCACGUACUCCGAGCAGCAGAAAGCUUUCGAGGAGUCGACGGCUACGUUAGGCCCCGCACAGCCCGCGCGAGCCGGCUACAAGGACUGGCGAGGGAGUCCCGUGGUGGGGCUGCAGAGCGCCACGCUCGAUGUCGUGGAGGCCAUGGACGAUUGGGCGGCGGAGUGGGCGGUGGCCAAAGGUGGCAAAACGGAUGCCGGGGGGGGAGAUAACGCGUUUGCAGAGGAAGGAGUCGUGCUAAAAGACGGCGCUGUGGAGGAAGUCGCUGUCGCGGCGCCGCCGUUUCUGUGGGAAGGGUCGCCGUUGGUGUCAACGGUCAUCGGCCAAAGCGCCAAGCUUGUUGCCGGCGCGCCGGAACUCAAGGAGUGGUACGGUCCCGGGUUCCCGAUCGAGCGGAACCCUUUCUUUCUCGCUUAUCCGGUGGACGACCGACCCGUUACCCCACGCAGCGCUCUCGUCCGGGCUUGGGUUAACGGGGAGGUAAGCGGUCGGAUGGUGGUGGAUACGAGCGUGUGCAACCAGGAAUUCGUCGCUGAGUAA